UAAUUUCCCAAUGUAAACAGUAAACUUGCCAUUUCUUUUCCCAUGGACCAUCUCUCUAUAAAUUCCUCUCCUUCCAUCCCCCAAACACUCACACUCACACCCAAUUCUCCCUUUUAUAAUCUCUCUCCUUAUUGCACACAUGGCUGCCCCUCUUGUCUUCCAAUUACGUAGGUGCCAACCGGAACUGGUUGCUCCUGCGAAGCCUACACCUCAUGAGUUUAAGCAACUUUCUGAUAUCGAUGACCAAGAGGGUCUUAGGUUUCAGAUUCCAGUGAUACAGUUCUAUCGAUAUGAUCCGCGCAUGGAGGGGAGAGAUCCUGCGAAGGUGAUAAAAGAGGCGAUUGCGAAGGCGUUGGUCUUUUACUACCCUUUUGCGGGUAGGUUGAGGGAAGGGCCUGGGCGGAAGUUGUUUGUGGAGUGCACAGGAGAAGGGGUUUUGUUUAUUGAAGCGAAUGCUGAUGUGAGUUUGGAGCAGUUUGGUGAUGCUCUUCAGCCUCCGUUCCCGUGCUUGGAUGAGCUUCUUUAUGAUGUGCCGAACUCUGGUGGGGUUCUUGACUGUCCGUUGUUGCUUAUUCAGGUGACACGACUCAAGUGCGGUGGUUUCAUCUUUGCUCUCCGUUUGAAUCAUACGAUGAGUGAUGCUGCUGGUCUUGUUCAAUUUAUGAUGGCUGUUGGAGAGAUGGCACGUGGCGCCCGUGCUCCGUCUGUUCUUCCAGUGUGGCAAAGGGCUCUCUUGAAUGCGAGGGACCCACCGAAAGUGACUUGCCACCACCGUGAGUAUGAUGAAGUUGCUGACACCAAAGGCACCAUUAUCCCACUCGACGACAUGGCUCAUCGGUCUUUCUUCUUUGGCCCAGCUGAGAUAUCUGCCAUUCGAAAAACCUUACCUGCCCACCUUCGCAACUGCUCCUCCUUCGAGGUCCUCACAGCUUGCCUCUGGCGCUUUCGCACCAUAUCCCUUCAGCCCGAUCCGGAGGAGGAAGUGCGAGUACUCUGCAUCGUGAACUCCCGCUCCAAGUUCAAUCCUCCGUUGCCAUCAGGGUAUUACGGCAACGCAUUUGCUUUCCCAGUGGCGCUCACUACCGCUGGCAAGCUUUGCCUUAAUCCAUUAGGCUAUGCUCUGGAACUUGUCCAAAAGGCCAAGGCUGACGUGACGGAGGACUAUAUGAAGUCUGUAGCGGAUCUUAUGGUAAUCAAAGGGCGGCCUCAUUUCACCGUGGUCAGAUCAUACCUUGUGUCGGACGUGACAAGAGCCGGGUUUGGGGAGGUGGACUUCGGGUGGGGGAAGGCUGCAUACGGCGGACCGGCCAAGGGUGGCGUCGGCGCAAUCCCCGGCGUGGCGAGCUUUUACAUACCAUUCAAGAACAAGAAGGGAGAGGAGGGAAUUCUGGUGCCUCUGUGCUUGCCGGCUCCUGCCAUGGAAAUAUUUGUGGGAGAACUUGACGCCUUGUUGAAGGCAAAAGAACCCAUUGGAGUUCAAAACCAGAAGCCAUCGUUCAUUCCGUCUGCUCUGUGAUCACCAUCAAAAACUCAUAUAGUAGCCAAAGAAAUAAUUAUUAUGAGAAAGUUUGAUAUGUCCUGCAUUGUAUUUUGAAAGUUUGUAAUUUAUACAUUUUUGGGGUUAAUUAAUUUGGAGCAUAUAGUACAACUCAUUCGAAUAUAAUUACGGCUUAACCAUAAUUGGUAUAUAGUUUCAAAGUUAUCCAUCAAUCUAUAUGUUGUAUUAAAAAAGAAA